CUGAGCGAUGAGUUCCUGUGGGUGGGCGAGGUCCCAGCCCUGGCCAUGGCACGGAGCCCUAAGAGUGAGCAGCUGCUGGCUGUGCUGGUGAGAUGCCAGUGCACUGAGAGCCUGCACCCAGCUGGGGACAGGAACAUUGUUUCCAAGCACAGCUCGCAGUUUCGGGGCAACGCGCAGCACGACGCCCUCGAGUUCCUGCUCUGGCUGCUGGACCGCAUGCAUGAGGACCUGGGUGGCAUGGGUCAGGGUCCCUGUGGGCAGCUCCUGCCACCUGGCGAGGAUGGGAGCAGUGGUGCCAGCAGGUCCCUACCCACUGCCCAGCACCCCCGUGGGCAGAGCUUUGUGCAGAGCCACUUCCAGGCACAGUACAGGUCCUCCCUGACAUGCCCUCACUGCCUGAAGCAGAGCAACACCUUUGACCCCUUCCUGUGCAUCUCCCUGCCCAUCCCACUGCGCCAGACCAGGGCUCUCAAUGUCACCCUGGUGCUGCAGUGCGAGCGCUGGCGGUUCGUGCGGGUGGGGCUGGCUGUGCCGCUGCUGGGCACUGUGGCCGACUUGCGGGCGAUGGUGGCACGGGAGGGAUGCAUCCCCCCAGAGCAGGUUAUUCUGGCUGAGGUGUCCCCACGGGGCUUCCUGCGCUCUCUGAGUGAUGCAGAGGAGCUGGGUGCUGCUGGGGAGGGGGCUCCACUCUACGCCUUCCAGCCACCCCCUGUCUGCCGUCCAGCCUGCCCACCUCCCCCGGGGUGGCGCGGCCGGAGGGGCAGCACUUGCUGCCCACUGCUACCCGCCGGGCCGGGUGGCCGCAUUCUGCUGCUGCUCUGCAACACGGCAGGCGCUGGUCCCCAGCUCACCAGAUUCGGGCCACCGCUGGUGCUGCGGGAGGAGCGAGGUGUCUCCUGGGAGCAGCUCCAGCAGAGCAUCCUGGCCCAGCUGCAGGCCCUGCUGCGGCGAGAGGUGCGGGCACAGGGUGCAGGAUCCCUUUUCCGCAUCUGCCUGGCUGGGGGCUUGGCCCCCUGCACCUACCUGUCCCCGCAGGACCCCCGCCCUCUCUGUCACCCUGCCAUUGACAGAGCCUUGCAACUGAGCGGGGCAGGUGGGCCUCCCCAUGUGAAGCUGACAGUGGAGUGGGAUAUGAGCACCAAAGAGCGGUGAGUCACUUGCACUCCGGGUGAGGGAACACCCCAGCACUCAGCAAGUGUGCAGCUGCAGCAGCAGGCACACCGGCAGCAGCACAGCUGCACGUUGGAUGAGUGCUUCCAGCUCUACACCAAGGAGGAGCAGCUGGCCCCAGAUGAUGCCUGGCGCUGCCCACACUGCAAGGUGCCCCAGCAGGGCAUGGUGAAGCUGAGCCUAUGGACGCUGCCUGACAUCCUCAUCAUCCACCUCAAGCGCUUUCGCCAGGUGGCUGAGCACCGGUACAAACUCACCACUCUGGUGAGGUUCCCCCUGCAGGGGCUUGACAUGGCCCCACACGUGGCACAGCGGGGCCAGGCUGGCCUGCCCCCGGGCUGCCCCUGCGACUACCUCUAUGACCUGUACGCAGUCUGCAACCACCAUGGCAGCAUGCAGGGCGGGCACUACACUGCCUACUGUUGCAAUGCCCUGGAUGGGCGGUGGUACAGCUACGAUGACAGCCAUGUGGAGCGGGUGCGGGAAGCAGAGGUGAGCACCCGCAGUGCCUACAUCCUCUUCUACCAGCGCCGCGACGCCGUGUUUGGCAGCACAUCCGUCAGGG